GAGUAUCAGCACAUUAUGAUCCGUUCACGUCAAUUCACACAGUUUUGAUGGUACUGCUCCUGUGAGACUUCUGCUAAAUGUCACUUGUCUUGUGCAGGCUGAAGAGAAAUGGAUCCUCUGAUUACUAUAGUUCUGGUGGUGACAGCAGCAGCAGCACAAGUUAGUGCCAUGGUCUGUAAUCUCUCUCAAGGGAAUGGAACUCACCAAUGCUAUGGGGCUUUGGGAGAAUCGUUGUCCUUACACCUUGGUUCACACAUUAGCAAUGACCAAAUAAGCUUGAAGAAAGGUGAUAAACGUGUUCUAAACUUCAAAACUGGAGAAGACUGGAGAUCUAAAUUGCCUCAGGAUUAUAUGAAUCGCUCUCAGUUCAUUAAUAAUGGAACAUUCAGACUGGACAGAGUUAUAGAGGACGACUGUGGAGAUUACCAAUUGGAAAUACAUAAUUCAGAGGGAACAAUGAUGCUCAGAGUCAACAUGCUACUGGUGAUACAAGCCCCGGUGUCAGAGCCAGUGUUGUCUCACCUCUGUCUGCCUCAUGGAGAGACCGUGGUCACAUGCUCUUCAGAGGGAGAUGGUCUUCAGUACAGCUGGACCCUGAACGGCCAGAAUCUGACCAGGAGUGUAGCCUAUGACGUCUACCAGAACAGUGUCAUCACGUUGAAGAGUGAUGUGACAGGAACCCUGACCUGUAUGGUUCAGAAUAAAGUUAGCGGCAGCAACUCUACUAUUGAUCUCACCUUGGCCUGCCCAGUUGUCUCUUCCCAGUUUCCUUUUGUAGCUGUGACAGUGGCUCUGACUGUUGGAACUUUCACAUUACUUCUUGCACUGUUUGUCGGUAUUAACCAUCUAUGCAAGAAACGAAGAUCCAGAUUUGAUACUUCAGAAAACGGUGACGAGGGUGUUGUAUACGCUGAUGUGAAAAUAGGCAAGCAAAGAAAUCCAGCAAGGAAGCAGAGGCCCCCAGCCACAGAGAUGGUGGAGUAGGGAUGUAGCUCAGUUGGUAGAGCAUGGCAUUUGCAACGCCAGGGUUGUGGGUUCGAUUCCAGUAUAAAAAU